AGAUAUAGGGUAUACAUGGUUACAAUUACAGAUCUCGGGGCCAGCAAUACAAGCGAGGUUGUGGACUUUGCAACGAACCUUACGGACACAUUUGAUUACGUUCAAGUGCGAUCAAGGGGGAUACAACUCGAAGAGGCUCUUAUACUCUUUGUAGUUGUCGGACUGUGGGCAUGCGCAAUGGUGCUAUUUGUGAAGCAGUGGGAUAAUAUUCGUAUUUUACAACCUCAGGAAACUCGUUAUAAACACAGUCCAAAGAAUUUGCACACAAUAAAAAUUGUGAAAAAGCCUCAAGAUAGUGUAAUAUAUAAAAAUUAUAGUCGGAAAAUGUCGUUGACAAUGGUAGAAAGAGAGAAGAAGCUUUUACGGAUGAAUACGGUACCGAUCAUGGAAAACGUGCAUUCACUGCAGACUAUAAACUCAUUCAAAAAACUUUCCACUAUAGAAAUGGAAGAAGGGAUUCAAGAGGAAUCAGACAAUGUUGACGUAGGCUCAAAUGUGUGACGUAAUUAAUGACGUCAUAUUUUUGUAUAUACGACACUGCCACAAAGCGUGAAAAUUUUCUGUGAUAUGUUUCCUGGUACAUACAAGUGUUAAUUAUUCCAUAAUCAUGAAAUAGUAGAAGUAUUAUUUAGAUGGGAAUGUAACGUAGAUGGGUCGGUGUUAUAUAUAAUUUGUUGUUUCAUCCUUUUUCUCAAAAACAAUAUCUUCGGUAUAUAUUUUUAGAAUGUUUAUGACAUUAAAUGAAAUGACACAUUUUGUGUACAUAAUUCAUAGUUCUAAGUUCCUAUACGACAUUUGUCUAUAAAUCAGUCUAUAAUACACUUUUGCUUUUUUAAAUCAUAUGACUUGUUUAUUGUUUUGCAAACAAAUUUGAUAUAAUUACUUAUGAAUAGUACUUAGUUUUCUGAACGAAAAAGUCUACAAGUCAUGUGUAUUAUUUUAUAUGGGAAGUUUACCAUAAUGCUGUCUGUGGCUAAUUAUAUCUUCUCAAGCUUUGUAACGCAACAUUUUGGAAAACUAUAAAUAUAUAUUUUGUUGCGAAAAGGUCAAUGUGCCAUUUGUGUCAAAAUAGGAAAAAGGCAUUUGCUACUGAACAAACACGAAUGUGUGUCAAUGAGAAGUGUGAUUACGGACAGGAACUACCAAUACUUUUACUAAAAACAACAAACAAAUUGUUUACGUUUAACUUUAAAUCAGCCAAACGUUAUAACAUACGAGACACAAAUUUGAAUGAAUGCGUGAAAGGGAGACGCCGAUAUGAAACGCUGAACGGUUUAUACCGCCAAAAAGUCGCGAAGUGGCAGCGAUUAUAGCUGUUAAAGACAUAUAUAUUUUCGCAUUAGCGUCUAAAUUAUUACUCUUCGUAGGCAUGUGUAGUUAUUAUCCUGAUAAAUAAUUGCAUAACGAUUAAAUAAAUGGUUAAAUAAACAUUAUCGAGGCCAGUUCUUGUAGAUUUUUUUUUAAAAUAGACGUACGCAUUGGAUGGAAAACGAGGGCAAAGUCUAAAUAAAUUGAAAACUUAUUUCCUGCCUGCUAUAUAUUAGUCGAUAAAGUACAGAACGAUUGCCUUAAUUAGCUCGUGCUUAAAAAUACAUUUACAGUUAUUGCAUGCCCUGACAGAAAAAGGAAAUGCAAGCAAUAAAAAGAACAUUUGUUUAUCAUGUAGGCCUUUGCAAUUUAUUUGCUCAACGUAGGAAUCUGUUACGUGAUCAGACCAUGUCAAUGCAUGAUAAUUUCUGUUAUUAUUUUAGUAAUUGUUCCUGCUACAUAAGUGGUGUAGCAACAUUAAAACCAUAUUAAAUACGCCCUGGGGAUGGUAAUUGAAUAGACCAAUUUGUGUAGUGCAAAUUAUGUUCGAGUAUAGAAUAUACCAAAUGGUGAACUGAUCAUUAAAGGUCGACUUUAUAAAAGAAACGGUAUGGUAGAAAUUGAAAUGUCAAGUGCAUUAGUUCAUAAAAUAUUCACCAUUAGACAACACAAAUCGCGUAUGUAUAAAUGUCAUGGUAUCAAAAAGCAAAUUUUACCAAAUUAUCAAAUUAUAAGCGUUAAAGGCUACAUAAUACAAAAUUUAUUUUGUCGUAGGGAAUUUGUAGUUUUUUGUAUACUAACUGUUUAAACGAAUUUAACUGUUUAAAUCUAUAUUUCAUUUUAAUUGAAUUUCAUUUCGUUUAGAUAAUUACCCUUUUCUUUAAACGAAAAAAUAAUACGAUUUCAUGAGAUAAUGGUUUGUUUAUACGAAUUUGGCUAUUCCUUUGAUUCCAUCUCAGGACAAAAGGAAGAGCAAUGAUCAAUUGUCAAGUAUGAUCAACAUGACUGGAGAAUAACAUGUAUUUUGCAGUCACAUAUUAGUUCUUAAACCUCGACUUGAAUUUCAUUUGUUUUAAUAAUAUAUACCACAUUUAUUGCUCAAAACGUCGUAUGAUUCUCUUUCGUUAAAGAAGUAUAUUACAUGUAUUAGAUAUUACGAAGAUGUUAUUAUAAUACACAUUAUGCCUCAGAAAUCCAUAUUUUAUAAAGUUCUUUCGAAAUGUUUAACAAGUGUUUAAUAAUGUUUCUAUAAUGGAUUUAGAGCAUGUUUAACAACCGGUUGCGGAAAAUAGCGUUGACAAUGCAGUUAUGUGCCGUAAAGGUAGAAAAAUGUAAACAGAGUAGUAUUUUGACUUCCAUACAGAUUCACUGCUACAGUUAUACUAUUUGCCAACAAUGCAAAAGGAGCAAAGAUUGUUCAACUUCAUGGAAAAUCAGUAUUUUCUUUAUACUGUAACAGGAUACCAAAAAUAAAAAGGUUUAGAGAAAUUAAAUAGCAUUUCUGGGGCAUAAUGGGCCACCAAGUUAACUUUACAGGCACGUGUUCAAAGCCUUCUUCUGUUCUAGACGACAUUUUGAUUUUUAGCUCGACUAUUCGAAGAAUAUGAGAGCUAUUGUAGUCGCCCCGGCGUCGGCGUCAGCGUCCGCGUCUGCGUUGGUUUAAGUUUUUUGUAAAGUCAAAUAUCUCAAUUAUUGCUUGAGAUAUUCAAUUGAAACUUACAAUACUUAUUUAUAGUAACUAGGUACAUCAGAUUGACAAGUUGGAUAACUCUACUUACAUUAUUGACAGAAUUAUGCCCCUUUUUAACUUAGAAAUUUUGGUUAAAGUUUUUUGUAAAGUCAAUUAUCUCAAUUAUUGCUUGAGAUAUUCAAUUGAAACUUACAAUACUUAUUUAUAGUAACAAGGUACAUCAGAUUGACAAGUUGGAUAACUCUGCCUACAAUAUUAACAGAAUUAUGCCCCUUUUUGACUUAGAAUUUAUGUUAAAGUUUUUGUAAUACCUCAAAUAUUUUCAAAGUCCAUUGACAUAUGGCUUUGAAACUUUGCACACAUGUUCGCCAUCAUGACCCCAACCUGUAGACAGGAGGAGGUAACUGUAUCAAGCAUUUUGACAGAAUUAUGCCCCUUUUCAACUUAGAAUUUACUUUUAGGUUUGCAUUCCACCUCGUAACUUUAACAUGGAUUUAAAGAAAAAUUUUGUCCUUUUGUUAUAACUCUGAAAAUUUUACAUUAUCAAUGUUCUUUUACUAUCAAGCACUAAGAAUAGUCGAGCGUUGCUGUCCUACUGACAGCUCUUGUUCUUUUGUGUUAUUUGUAGGAAAUGAUUUGUAUCUAAUACAUGUAUCUUAUACUGUACAUAAUCUAUUAUCUAUAUUUUGAUUAACGUUUUAACUUGGUUUAUGUAUUAAUUCAAGUAAAAAAUCUUUAGCAAUUUGAAAUUGGGUUCUGUAUGUUAUGAUGUUAAAUAUGAGCCGCGUAACGACAAAACCAACGUAAUGCGUUUGCGACCAGCAUGGAUCCAGACCAGCCUGCGCAUACGCGCAGUCUGAUCAGGAUCCAUGCUAUUCAC